GGCUAUGUAAUGAACAGAAGGAAGCAUCAUAAUCUUACGGGAGGAUGGACCUGCAGAGGUGAAAGUAGAUGAUUUUUGUUAGGCUUCUUCUCCUACAGCUACACCUAACCACUCUCACUGUUCUAACUUCGAACCUUUCAAGGUAAAAAGGGAACUCUUUCUCUCACGAACACUCACACACAAACACCGCAUUGAGUGCGUUGUCAGAGAUGACAGCAUAGAAAUUACACCCGGUAUCCUACAUGCAUACACAAAACUGUAGCUGUGAUAAAAUAUAACGAAGACCGGGAGCUUGGUUCGCUUCGUUGCAUGGGGGACUCACUGCAUAUCCAAAAGGCAGAGCCUGUCCCCUGACCAACAGACUAAUUCAUUUGAAUUAGUUCAUGGAUUUAAUCAUCGCCGAUGUCACGAGAUACGUAACGGAUACGGGGAUUAAUAUUACAGGCACCGAGAGUUUACACCGCUCCCGGUGUACUGACAUUUUCCGCAACGACUCGGUAUAUGAAACCGGUGCCUCGGUAACGACACCGUCGGAGAACAUCAGUUAUUUCAGUAAGGCUAUCGUGCCAUUUCAAUAUACCAUGGUUCCGGGAUUUGAAUAGGUAGGCUAUCGUAACGAAUCCCACUGGCAGUCAUUAGAACAAAAAACGCUCCUUUAAUUUUCUACGCCUGCUUCGCGGCAGCAGGUUGGGGUAAUAGCCACCACCACCAGGAUUGCACAAGUCUCCAAUUCACAUGGGCGAAGGCAGGGCUCGGUUCUGCUUUGGUUGGACCCGGGCUCGCUGUCAAGAACAAGACAAAUGUGUGUCGGACCCUGGGAGGGAACCGGAAACGCGAGAGAGAUGGGCCGAACUGUUCGACCAACUGGACCUCAAUAAAGACGGUAAAGUCGACAUCAACGAGCUGAGGAUAGGACUCGCUGCACGCGGUUUACUUCGCAGUGACGCGGAGGAGAUAGUGCGUGAGAGUGACACCAACCAUGAUGGCUUGCUGGACUUUGAGGAGUUCUCUCAGUACCUGUGGGCCCACGAGAAGGAACUGCGGCUCAUGUUCCACACACUGGACCGCAACCAUGACGGGCGCAUUGAUGUCGGGGAGAUUCAACAAUCGCUGCACAACCUGGGACUGGAGGUGUCCACAGAACACGCCAUCAAAAUACUACAGAGUAUGGACAGGGACGGCACCAUGACUAUCAACUGGAAUGAGUGGCGAGAUCACUUCCUGUUUAACCCUCUUCACAACAUGGAGGGCAUCGCCCACUACUGGAAACAUUCUCUGAUGUUUGACAUCGGAGAGCACAUGACAGUGCCGCCAGAGUUUUCCCAACAAGAGCGCCAGUCGGGGGUAGUGUGGAGGCAGCUGGUUGCCGGGGCGAUGGCAGGGGCGGUUUCACGUACAGGAACCGCCCCCCUCGACCGUCUCAAGGUCUUCCUACAGGUGCAUGGCUCCAGCUCUAGGGGGAUCAACCUGUGGACGGGGCUGAGGGGGAUGGUCCAGGAGGGGGGUGUACGAGCCCUCUGGAGGGGCAACGGCAUCAACGUCCUCAAAAUAGCCCCAGAGUCUGCCAUCAAGUUCAUGGCAUAUGAACAGAUCAAGUGGUUGAUAAGGGGCAGAAAUGAAGCAGGUACUCUGCGGGUGCAGGAGAGGUUCAUCGCUGGCUCUCUGGCUGGAGCCACCGCACAAACCAUCAUCUACCCUAUGGAGGUGCUGAAGACUCGUCUGACCCUGAGGAAGACUGGCCAGUACUCUGGCAUUGUAGACUGUGCCCGUCAGAUCCUGAGGAAGGAGGGGGUGCGAGCCUUCUACAGGGGCUACGUGCCCAACACACUUGGCAUCAUACCGUAUGCUGGCAUAGACCUGGCCGUCUACGAGACUCUGAAGAAUGCCUGGCUCCAGCGGUACAGUAAGGGCUCUGCUGACCCGGGGGUGUUGGUACUGCUGGGCUGUGGUACUGUGUCUAGUACCUGUGGACAACUGGCCUCCUACCCCCUGGCUCUCAUUAGAACACGUAUGCAGGCCCAGGCCUCCACUGAGGGCGGGCCCAAGCUGUCCAUGGUCGGUCAGUUCAAGCACAUCAUAUCACAUGACGGGGUACCUGGGCUCUACCGCGGCAUCGCCCCCAACUUCCUGAAGGUUAUUCCUGCUGUCAGCAUCUCGUACGUGGUAUACGAACACAUGAAGAAGGCUCUGGGUGUGAAAUCGUAGAGAGAGGAAGUGAGAGGCAGAAGAAAGAGAGGGAUAUAGAGUGCAGCUCUUGGAUUUCAAGAUGGAGAGGAAGACAGCAGAGGAUUGAGGGAUAGAAGACAGAUGGUCCACCCUUUUCAUACACAUUCAGGAAGCUUCCCGUUUACACCUAGCUAGACAGAUAUACUCACUGUUUGAAUCUCUCUUCCCCUCAGCCCCUCAAUGAUGCUGUACCGUCAUUAAGAAAGAGGGAAGAGUCAGCUAUCAGGCUGAGCUGAAGUCUGUAAGAAACGGCUGUGUCCGAGACAGAUUAGGAGGAGGAGGUGUGAGAGCGAGAGAGAGGAAUGAGAGCAAGAGAGGAAUGAGAGUGAGAGAGAAAGUGGAAGAGUGUGUGUGUGUGUGUGUGUGUGUGUGUGUGUGUGUGUGUGUGUGUGUGUGUGUGUGUGUGUGUGUGUGUGUGUGUGUGUGUGUGUGUGUGUGUGUGUCUCGGCAGAAUCUGGGCCAUUCUUCCUCUUUGUUUAUGAGCUGUAAACCCCAUUGUAGUCACAUGUCCACAAUAAGUCUGUGUGUUGCCCUCCAACCAAACACAGUGAAGCACACAGUACAGUUUGUAUACCUAUAUGUAGGCACUUAUCUAAGGUCAGUUUCAUGUUUUGUGAAUAUAAAGUGAUCUUCCUCCAAUGACCUUGACAUGUACUCUGUAUUCUCUCUUUACUACACAGCAGAAUGUGUGGGGUUGUUCCACCGUGUGCUGUUGCUAGAACACGACCAAUCCAAAGUACUAACCCUACUCUUUAUUUCAAUAUCUCAAAAGAGAUUAGAAUUGGAUUACAUGCACUGUUUGUCUUCAGUUGCUAUUCUCAAAAAAGUACAUUCUAAUGGGGGAUUUUCUAAAGUUCUUAAACGAGGAAACUUUGACGUUUACAUGAUGUACUGUAUAUUGAUACAGUAUGUAUUUUGUAAGGGAAAGAUUCUGAACACAUUUGCAAGAGAUACUUAUACAGGGUCUUAUACAGAGCUGUUCCUCCGACCUAGUCCAUGAAUGACUUUGCACUUUUUAGAAAGGGAAUGUUUCUCCCCUAUUUCAAGUGGCUCUCAGUCAGGUCCAAAAUUAUUGGCACCCUUGAUAAAGAUGAGCAAAACAUACUAAAUAAUGCACAUUUUGACCUAUAUUGUCUGCUCCAAAAAAUGUGAACAUUAUAUAAUUUUAUACUAAGACAAUUACUCAGAGAAAGAGAUUUUGUCUAAAGCUCGAAUCCUUAAAUAACAAAGCGGUCAGCCAAACACUUGUUUGGUAAAAAGCUGGGGGAAGGGCCUGGAGAAAUGGAACCACUCUCAAAUUCAUAGACAGAGCUACGGAUGUCAGGACUGACCAUCAAUGAGAUGAAAGUGAUAGUUUUAACCAUGUUUUGAGGCUCUACAUUUACAUUGUUUACAAACAUUGGAGUAAAACAAGCUUAUAUUUUGGGUUCUGAUGGGGAACGACAGUUGAACUAAGCUCAUGAGGCAUUCAUAAAUCAUAUUCUUCAAUAAUCAAUGGGUAUAUAUCAUUAAUUUAUAAGUCCAAAAAUGGAUGUAGCAACUAAGGAUUCUUGCUUUAACAAGUAAAAAAUUUUUUUUUUUAAAGGGGUCAAAUUUACUGCCACCCCUGUUUUCAUUACCUUUCAGGCACUGAGCCUUUUUCUCAAAAUGUUUUACGAGAUUGGAGAACACAUUGGGAGGGAUCUUAGACCAUUCCUCCAUACCACUGGUUUUCAAUGGGGUUCAUGUCUGGAGACUGAGAGGGUCAUUGCAAAAGGUUGAUUUUGUGGUCAAUUAACCAUUUCUUUGUGGCUUUUGAUGUGUGCUUGGGGUUAUCGCCUUGCUGGAAGAUCCACUUGCAGCUAGGUUUCAGCCUCCUAGCAGAGGAAACCACGUUUUUGGCUAAAAAUGUCCUGGUACUGGGUAGAAUUCAUGAUGUCGUUGAGCUUAACAAGGGCCCCAGGACCAUUGGUAGCAACAUUGCCCCAUAACAUAAAAUAUCCACCACCAUAUUUUACAGUAGGUAUGGGGUUAUUUUCUGCAUCUGCAUUCCUCCUUUCCACACAAAAUCCAGCACUGGUGUGCAUGGUUAAAGAGUUAUAUUCUCAUGUUGUCCAUCAAAUGUAAACGCCUGUGUCACAUUCGUCAUAACAAGGAGAACAAGGCACAGAGUGAUAAGAAUACAUUCUUCUUUAAUAAACGAAGAACACUAAACAAACUAACAACCCGAUCGUGACGCUGACAUGCAACUACACAUAGACAAUAACCCACAAAACCAAAAAUGGAAAUGGCAACCUAAAUAGGAUCCCCAAUCAGAGACAACAAUAAACAGCUGCCUCUGAUUGGGAACCAAUUCAGGCCACCAUAGACCUACAUUUUCCUAGACAAACCAAAACCCUAUAGAUAUAAAAGAAACCCUAGACAAGACAAAAACACACAUACCACCCUCGUCACACCCUGACCUAACCAAAAUAAUAAAGAAAACAAAGAUAACUAAGGUCAGGGUGUGAUAGCCUGGAGUUUGUUAAAUGGCAUUGGCACUUGGAUUUGAACAAGUGCUAUGGUCAGAUGACUUGAAAAUAGAGAUCUUUGGCCACGCACACCAGUGGUGGGUUUUGCAUUGAAACAAAUAUGCAUAUGCAGAAAAUAACCCCAUACCUACUUAAAAUGUGGUAGUGGGUCUUUCAUGUUAUGGGGCUAUUUUGCUUCUGCUGGUCCUGGGGGAUUCACACUUCCUGGCCUCAAAAUCAGGAUUAUUGCCAGUUAUCUUGUCCUGGUAGUUAAUAGAUAAAUAGCUCACCCACCUGGUUUCCUACGUCUGAAUCAUUCCCUGAUUAGCAGUGGUGGAAAAAGUACCCAAUUUUCAUACUUGAGUAAAAGUAUAGUGAAAAUCACCCAGUAAAAUACUACUUGAGUAAAAGUCCAAAUGUAUUUGGUUUUAAAUAUACUUAAGUAUCAAAUUUAAAGUAAAAAUAAUUUAAAUUCCUUAUAUAAAGCAAAUCAGACAGCGUCAUUUUCCUUAAUUUUUUAAUAAAUAGCCAGGGGCAUGCUCCAACACUCAGACAUAAUUUCUGAACAAAGCAUGUGUUUAGUGAGUCCACCAGAUCAGAGGCAGUAGGGAUAUUCUCUUGAUAAGUGUGUGAAUUAGACAAUUUUCCUAUCCUGCUUUUGUGUGUUAGGGAAAAUGUAUGGAGUAAAAAGUACAUCAUUUUCUUUAGGAAUGUAGUGAAGUAAAAGUUGUAAAAAAUGUAAAUAGUAAAGUAAAGUUAAGAUACCCAAAAAUACUUAAGUAGCACUUUAAAGUAUUUUUACUUAAUUACUUUACACCACUGCUGAUUAGAAGGAAAGUUACCCAUCUAUGAUGGGUUCCCGUGUGGCGCAGUGGUCUAAGGCACUGCAUCUCAGUGCUAGAGGUGUUACUACAGACCGUGGUUGGAUUCCACACUGUAUCACAGCCAGCUGUGAUUGGGCGGUGCACAAUUGGCCCAGUAUCAUCCGGGUUUGGCCGGGGUAGGCCGUCAUUGUAAAUAAGAAUUUGUUCUUAACUGUCUUGCCUAGUUAAAACUUCUUAUGGCUGCAAUCCCAUUAACGGGAUGAUAUGACAACAGCCAGUGAAACUGCUGGGCGCCAAAUUCAAAACAACAGAAAUCUCAUAAUUAAAAUUCCUCAAACAUGCAUGUAUAUUAUACCGUUUUAAAGGUAAUCUUGUUGUUAAUCCCACCACAGUGUCCGAUUUCAAAUAGGCUUGACAGCGAAAGCACCACAAACGAUUAUGUUAGGUCACCACCAAGCCACAGAAAAACACAGCCAUUUUUCUGGCCAAAGAGAGGAGUCACAAAAAGUACAUCACUAACCUUUGAUGAUCUUCAUCAGAUGACACUCAUAGGACUUCAUGUUACACAAUACAUGUAUGAUUUGUUUGAUGAAGUUCAUAUUUAUAUAAAAAAAAUCUGAGUUUACAUUGGCACGUUAUGUUCACUAGUUCCAAAAACAUCCAGUGAUUUUGCAUAGCCACAUCGAUUCAACAGAAAUAGAUAUACCUCUCCUUAAUGCAACCGCUAUGUCAGAUUUCAAAAAAACUUUACGGAAAAAGCAAACGAUGCAAUAAUCUGAGACGGCGCUCAGAAAAAUAAUCAAAUUAGCCGCCAUGUUGGAGUCAACAGAAACCAGAAAUCACAUUAUAAAUAUUCCCUUACCUUUGAUGAAUGCUUGAUUUGUUCGAUAAAGUCUGUUAUUUAUGUCCAAGUAGCUACUUUUGUUAGCGCCUUAGGUAUACAAAUCCAAACGCUCGUGCAGGUCGAGCAUUACUUCGGACAAAAACUUCAAAAAGUUAUAUUACAGGUCGAAGAAACAUUUCAAACUAAGUAUAGAAUCAAUCAUUAGGAUGUUUUUUAUCAUAAAUCUUCAAUAAAGUUCCAACCCGAGAAUUCCUUUGUGUCUAGAGGGUUCGAUAUCAUGUGGAAUGGCUCAUUCAGCUCUUAUUCAGUCCCACAACACAGUAGAAGCCUCAUUCAAGCCUCAUUCAAGAUGGUUGACAUCUAGUGGAAGCCCUAGGAAGUGCAACGUCAUUCAUAUCCCACUGUGAAUUCAAUAGGGCCUGGGUUGAAAAUCAACCAACCUCAGAUUUCUCACUUCCUGUUUGGAUUUCUUCUCAGGUUUUUUGCCUGCCAUAUGAGUUCUGUUAUACUCACAGACAUCAUUCAAACAGUUUUAGAAACUUCAGAGUGUUUUCUAUCCAAUACUAAUAAUAAUAUGCAUAUAUUAGCAACUGGGACUGAGGAGCAGGCUGUUUACUCUGGGCACCUUUCAUCCAAGCUAUUCAAUACUGCCCCUGCAGCCAGAGAAAUAAAUAAAUAAAUGUGUCAUAAUCAGGAAUUCCAUGCUCUUGGUGGAAGUGAAUGUGCUGUAGGUUCUCUCAGUCUGGAGUGCAUGCUUAGUCCAUGUUUUGUGUAGAAUGGCUCCUGCAUCAUGUGUGGUAGUUACAUAAAGAUCAGGCCUGAAAGAAUGGGCUCAGUUUGAGGUUUGGCCAACCCAUUUUGUUGUGGAUAUUAAGAAAGUAUGUUUGUCCUCCAUGACACCAUUGUGUUGUGUAUUUAUUGAGUAGGUUUUGCACUACAGUAGUUUGUUUCCUAACUAACUAACUCCUCACUAUAGUGUGGACCUCAUAAUAGCAUAUACUGAAAGCAGUAGGAUGAAUCGAGGUAUCUGACAGUGCCGCAAACCUUUCCAUGACACCCUAAUGCAAACAUCUACAUGUAAUUCUAUGAAAUGCACAUCAUCAUAAUUAUAAUUUAAUAGUCCAGGCACAAUUAACUUUUGCUGUAGUUUAAUAUAGGUUUAGAAUGAGAAAGUAGUUACCUUUAAUUCUAUGUUAAGUUAUGUGAUUAGUAUAAUUGUUCUACCCAUACUCUGCCCUCGUUGUAUUGGGAUACAGUAAUGGUCUCUGAUGGAUGUCAAUAGGUUUAAAUUAGAGCAGGAAAUUGAAUAAGCUGCUUAAGUGUUGUUACAUACUGAUGAGCAAAGACCAUUACAUAGAUUCUAUCAGACAUUGCUGCUGGCAUAGAUUCAUAUUGAUUCAUAUGUCACACGUUGUUAUUUGUCAUUUGGAAACCAAUGACUUGCUUUCCCUGGUGAGAUUUCCACCAUCAUGUCCAUCAUGACUAUGGAAAGCCAUCUAUUUGCCUAACUAACUGGUGAUUCAUUUUUAAAUAUCUUGUCUAAGCCUUUAUAUCUUUGCUGGCUCAUUGGCCAGACUUUUAUCACAUUUUAACAGGAUGGGAAAUACGUGAAAGGGAGGAGUUUUAGAUAGUAGUUCCUUGAAAUGAAAUUGAAAGGGAAAAGGGGAAUGAAAAGGGUAGAUGAGAGAAGUUAUUAAGAGAUGACAGAUGAGUGAUGCAUUUACUUGAAAAAUACUGAACGCAACUCCUGUAUUUUAGAUAAGAAAUUAAUUGAGCGUAACAUCCAUAGUAAACAAAUGUAAUAUUGUAAAAAAAAAAAAAAGAUAUAUUAUUAACAUUGCAAGCUAUGCUUGUGAAUGUUUGCUUCAUGGAGUAUUUUAAGAUCAUAUUUUCUUUCAAAAUACUUUGAAUACUUGCUCGAAUACUUCUUAGUGUUGGGAUGCCUUGAAUUUGCAGAAUAUGUCAUCGUAGAGCAUGAUUAGUGCAUGCUAGUAUAUUUAAAAAAAACAUUAGACUCAAACUGUAUUUUAUGUCUUUAGACUGCUCUUUAGACUGCUUCAGUGACUCGUCGCCAUUCAUUCCUGUUCAAUAACAUCCAUUUGUUCUCUCUCUGCACUUUAUGAACAGCCAUGAAGUAAAAUUAGCCUUCACUCUGUUUUUAUUGCAUGAGUUGUAAUUGCUUAAUGACAGAUAGUCUGUCAUUGUUAAUGUUCUCUGGAGCUCUUGCAGUGAUUAAGGCUGCUGCUCCGUUCACAAGUUUUCUGUUUACUUAUCUUCCUGAAUCUAUAUUAUAUUUACUUCAUCUACAGACAUAUAAAAUAUUUGCUGGAUAUAAGUUUUGAAUAUAGCUUCUACCACCCCCUACCUGCCUUUUUAUUCUAAGUAAUAAUAUUCACCAUCUAAUCAUCAUCUUUAUAACAGACAUCGAUGCGGGCGUAGAUUGUAUCAAAAAGUAAAAAGUGGGAGACUAGCCAAUGCACUUUUCUUUUUCUUUUUUCAUUGAUAUUUUGAGGGCUACUGUAUUGUAUAGAAUUCGGGGGUUGUUGGUCCUGUCUGGUAUGAAACCAGCAACUCCCAUGCUGGGCAUGUACACUACUGUAGCUGCAGUGCCAAGAGGACUAGCCGUCUUGGCAGUGGCCGUAGUAUGUGUAUCACAGGGUUGCUACAAUGUGUUUAUUGAACUCUGCGCUACAUAUACUCUACAAAUAUCAUGAUCAGUAUUAUUUCUAAAAUGAUAUAUUGUGUAUGUGUAGAAAAUUAUACAGAACUGUAGUUAUUGUCUAUAGAAAUGCAUAGCCAUGGCAUGGUUGCUCGCAUGGCACUUUUAUUUUCAAGAAAAUUGCUAUUUACCUUGUCUGGUGAAUGUGGUGGAUUGGGUUGGCCCAAAUGGUAUAUCUACAAAUAAAUACAUAAUUUCAGGAUUUUAUUGCAUGGGGCGGCAGGGUAGCCUAGUGGUUGGACUAGUAACCGGAAGGUUGCAAGUUCAAAUCCCCGAGCUGACAAGGUACAAAUCUGUCAUUCUGCCCCUGAACGGGCAGUUAACCCACUGUUCCUAGGCCGUCAUUGAAAAUAAGAAUUUGUUCUUAACUGAUUUGCCUACUUAAAUAAAGGUAAAAGGUAAAUUUAAAAAAGGCGAUGCCUGUGCAUCUCUGACUGUAUAUCUGCAUUAUAUGUCAAUAAGAUAUACAUACUCUUACAGGUACAGAUACUGUAAUUCUAAAAUUGCUACAAAUAAAGCUAUUUUCAAGUCA